AUGGACCAAAGAGAACACACAUCCUACCUCAUUGUCGGCGCUGGUGUGUUUGGUGUGUCUACCGCCUAUCACCUUAUCAAGAAGUACCCCGGCGCAUCCGUGACCCUGGUCGACAAGGAUGCCUUCGACGCCGACGAGCGCGUAGCCGCCUCGUGGGACUGGAACAAGGUAGUCCGCGCCGACUACGACGAUUUCACGUACUGCCAGCUGGCCCUGGAGGCACAAGACAUCUUCAAGAGCGACCCGCUAUGGAAGCCUUUUUUCCACCAGACGGGCGUCUACUGGAUCUGCCGUAGCGACUACGCGCAGAACGUCAUUGACCACCACAAAAAGCUCGGCCGCAAGGACGACAUCAUCGCUUUGCCGGUGUCGGAAGCCCGCAAGCUGUAUGGUGGCCUUUUUGAAGACGCGGAUUAUUCCGGGGCCAAGGAGGUUCUUGUAAACCGCGCGAGCGGCUGGGCGGCCGCCGGAGACUGCUUACGCGCCGUCACACGUGAAGCCGUCAGACUAGGUGUCAAGUACGUGACUGCGGAGACUGCAUCUCUCGAGUUCGAUGAGCGCGGGAGCUGCACUGGCAUCAAGACGACAACGGGUGAGACGCUGGCGGCUGACCACACUAUCCUUUCCACGGGGGCGUAUACUCCCAAGCUACUGGAGUUGAGUGCGGCAGAGAGCGGUCUGGCCAACCUCCGGGCCGGGGAUCGCAUUCUCGCAGCUGGCAUCACCACCGGGAUGGCAGAGCUCGAUGAAGACGAGUACAAACAGUAUGCGAACAUGCCCGUUGGGUUCCAGGGAUACACGGGACACGGCAAGCCCUUCAUCGGCAGCAUCCCGCCGACCAAGGACAGAGAACUCAAGUGGUGGGGAGCCAAGAUCUUCACUAACACAAAAGAAAUCCUGCCCGGCCGGCACGUCUCUGCGCCGCCGCCGGCGAAGGAUUACAGCCAGUGGAAGGUCUCGCGGCAGCUGAAGCAAGACAUCGCCGAGCAGAGAGACCUGUGGUACGGUAGCAAGAGCGCGAACUGGAAGAUGACCAAGCACCGCAUCUGCUGGGACGCCUUCACAACCAGUUCGGACUUUAUCAUCUCGCCGCACUCGGCAGCCAAAGGUUUGUACCUCGCAACCUGCGGCUCCUUCCACGGGUUCAAGUUCUUCCCCGUGCUCGGCAAGUAUGUCGUCCAGAUGUUGGAAGAUUCGCUAUCUCCCGAGCUUAAGACGAGGUGGGCAUGGGACCGCGAACGCCCCGAUCACCUGCAGAACCCCGAGUAUCCCAACUCGGAGCUGAGCGAUCUGUUGGAUCCGGUGUCGAAGCUGUAG